AUGUCCACUUUUGCUCGUCGUCGCAUUGUUCAGGACAUUACUCGGAUUACCAAAGAUCCUCCCAAGGGGACCAGCGCUCUUCCCUUUUCCAACAAUAUGAUGUACUGCCAUGCCAUUAUAAACGGUUCCGAGGGUACCAUUUGGGAGUGUGGCACCUUCCACCUCAUUAUUAAGUUUUCCGAGGACUAUCCUACCAAGCCUCCCAAUGUGCGUUUUCUUUCCAAGAUGUUUCACCCUAAUAUUUACAAUGACGGCUCUAUUUGUCUUGACAUUCUUCAGAACCAGUGGACUCCCAUGUACGACAUUGCUUCCAUUCUCAUGUCGAUUCAGGCUCUCUUGAACGACCCUAAUCCCAAGUCUCCUGCUAACACUGAGGCCUCUGAAAUAUACACUGAUAACUUAUUUCUUUACAACAAGCGUGUUCUUGAGUGCGUUGAGGACAGUUGGCACGUUCCUGUUCUCACCGAGUCCUUCCUCGAGGGGUUUUAA